AUAUAAAUUGUUUGGCGAGUUCCUCUCAUUAACAUACGAACGAUGAAUCUAAACGUAGUGGUUGUGUUAGUGUUGGUCGUCGGUGCACUCGCGACUCCCCGCGCGCCCGCACACAGGAACCAGGUGCAGGAGUUGACUAAGGACGAAGCUCUAUUGAGACGGCUGCCGUGGUUGUGGAGUGCUUUGAUAGCGGAUGUGCCAGUGUCGGUCACCAAAGUAGAGGUGGUGCCGUUACAACAUGACACGUCGCGACCCGUGAAUGAGAGAUACCCUUCGGCUGUGCUGUUCGGCGGGACCUGUGGUGGAACCAUCAUCGAUGCCAAAUGGAUCCUGUCAGCUGGUCACUGCACUCUGUUCACGUCUGGAAGGGAAAUAUUAGCCGGUACCAACUACACAGACGAUGGGUCAGGUAUCGUGCAGCGAGUCAAGAAGUUACACAUACACCCAAAGUUCGCUGUCGGCCCUUACUGGCUUGACGCUUCUGAAUAUGAUAUUAAACAAGUCGGCGCUCGCUGGGACUUCCUGUUGGUAGAGCUACAGGAUCCACUCCCUCUAGACGGCAAGACCAUGGUGGCGGCAAAACUAGACAAUAAUCUGCAGCCCAAAGCCCAUACGCCCGUUGGAUACGCGGGCUUCGGUGCAGAGAACCACGGGGAUGUGAUGCGUUCAGAAAUGCAUGCGAUGGACUUGGAAGUGCUGCCAAAUAGUGAAUGUGACCCACUGGAGCCUUUUGACCCUGCCGACAUGAUAUGCACCAGAGGACGAGCUCCGAAACUCGACUCUGCUUGCAAUGGCGACAGUGGAAGCGGUCUGAUGCACAAUGGUUACGUAAUGGGUGUAGCAUCGUGGGUCGAAGAUGAUGCCUUUGUGUGUCGCAAAGGAGCUCGGGUUGUGUUCUCGAGAGUAGCUGCCGUAAGAGACUGGAUCAGAGAAGUCGCAAAUGUUUAAGACAUUUCCACCAGACGCUUAAAUACACCAAAGAAAAAUCAAGUAUAACCGCAUUAGACGGACCACCUACAGCGAGUUAAUAUUGAGUAACCUGACCCUUGUACUAUUUAGUGCAGUUUUCAUGGCAAUAUUUAUCUACUUAAUGAUCAUAUUUAUGUGGCCAUUUAGAUUUUAAUUUAUUACGAAAUUAUUAAAUCUAUUAAAAUGAUCUGUAAACUGUAAUCUUAUUGUGGCAAACUUAAAGAAGUUACCGGUUUAAUCUAGAAUUAUUCACUGAAAUCCCCAUAAUUUCGACAACCAGGAGGUACUCAUAAUUUUUGAGUAACCCUGUUAGUAGAAAAAAUUACUUGUUUACUACAAUGAUUUUAUUCCAAAUUUAUUUUCCCUACAUAAUAUUAGAUUUUAGAUGUGAGGUUACCAUCAAAAUAUCACUCUUAAAGAACAAAAUAUUAUUUUAUAUAGGUAACAUCAUUUAUUAAACUAGUCAUAUUUCGUUAGUGAUUUAAUUAUAAAUAUUUUUUGAAACAUGACUGUGUUUAAUCAAAGUACAUACUUUUAAUAAAUAUUAUAUUAUAAAUUAUGUCGUAUAUUGUUAGUACGUUAAGUUUAUAUGUUAACAAAAUAAAAAAAAUAAAGAUGCUAUAGCAUGGUC